GAUCAUGUGAGAACACAUCCCUUAUGUGAGAACCUGGUAUAUGUGAGGACAUAUUACAAUCGUUGGAUCAAUUGCAUCCAAUGGUUACCAUUUAUCCCGGUCAAAUAUAAUUUCAAAAAAAAAAAAACAGCGUUUUCUCUCUCCUCCUUCAUCACCAUUACUGAAUUUCCCUCAAUUACAGCUAUUCUCUCUCAUCUUCCUCUGGAUUUCCAGCAAAACAUAUGAUUCUCCCCCUCUUUCUCUCAAAACCCUAAUAUCAAUCGGCGAUCAACGCAUCAAAGAUCAGCAUUUUACAAAAAGCGAUUUCUUAGACGCCGAAAUCCUGUUUUUGCAAUCCCUGAGUUUCGAGUUUGGAACCAUGAAGAAUUCGGUGUUUUGGUGAUUGAAGAAUUGAUGAUGAAGCUUAAAGAGGUGGCUAAUGUUGGUGAGAUGGUGAGCAUCGAGGUUUGUUGCGAUGUCAUAGAUUUGACGUACGAGAAUGAUGAGAUUUCGCGGAUGUUCGUGGAAUCGCUGGUGUUCCUUGCGACGGCGAUUGUGGUGAAACUUCACUUUACAGAAAAGGCUUUGAGAGUAAUUACCAAAAAAUCAAUGGUCAAGAAUACUGGUGCAAGAGGUUUAAGAUCCAAACUGGAAAGUGUACUAACAGAGGCAAUGUAUGAGGUGUGUGGCUCUUUGUUAAACAAUGUGGCUAUUGAAAACUAUCAUAACUUUGACAUUUGUUAUACAUACUUAACAAGAGGGAUUGUUCAGGGAGGUGUUAGCGUAUGAUUUAGGAUGUGAAUUGAGUUUGUCGAAGAAAUCAAAUCCAGAAUUAGUCGUACUGUCAUUAUAAUUCUUUUUUCACAUUUGUUAGCUUCCUCUCUACUGAUCUUGCUUGGUUUACAUAAUGUUUAUCCUGAUCUCCCUAGAUCCUGCCAAGGAUCACAUGCUGGUUUGUGGUCAUUGUAUCUCAUUCUUGUUCAUUACCAAGGAAUAUAGACUAGCAAUGGAAAUUCAAGUAUACUAGUCACCUCAUCGUAUGAUAUCAGUGACCUGUGACCAGGUUCAAAGUAUAACAUUUGGAGCCUUAUCAGUCAGCUGAUUCAUUUGGAGCCUCAAUUUUUUGUUCAUUUGUCAAAUGAGCAAUUAUUUUUUUCUCAUUUGUCAAAUGAGCAAAUUAUU